GCUCAUUCCGCCCCGUCGCUGUCGACGAAUCCUCCUGCCCUUUCGUCGACGCUGGCCGCCUGCACUCUCACCAUCAAUUUCACGUUCCUUGUAUCUAACAAUCAUAAACGAUGCAUCUCCACGAAGGACUUCACCGCCGCUGCGUCGACUGCCCAGCUACGGCCCCUAGCUGCAACUGCGGUGUAGGUUUGCAGUGUGUAAUUACAUCCAGGAGUUGCGAUGCGUGCCCGACUGCGAGCUGCGUCGAGGGUGCCGAUGGCAGCACAACGAAAACGAGCAACAGCGGAGUCAGUGGUGGUGCUAUUGCGGGGGCCGUUAUCGGAGUACUCAUUUUGUUGGGGGCUUCUAUUGCCCUGUUAAUUUGGUAUCGCCGGCGCCAGCGCAGAGCCCAACCGUGUGAGCAGCCGCAGCACGAUGUCAAGCCCGACGUUCCCGCGCGUGCCGAGGCUGUCCUCAGCCGCCCAGAUCCCGUCGAGAAACCGCGCUCGCCAUCACCUCAGCAACCUGAUUCCGUUCGCAUGUACUCUGUCAUGAGCGACUCGACGAUCAACCUCGACCCACAGGCGAAGAACUCGGGUCCAUCCUCGCAGCAGACGGGCCUUUCGCGGCGGCCGUCCGCGCAAAGCAACCCGUUCACCGACACGCAUUCUAUUCAGACUGCGUCUGCCAGCACGCAGUCCACGAACGUUAUCCCCAUCGCGCUUGUCCCUCACGGGUCCGUGUCAUCGGCACAGCACAGCCCCGUGUCGGACAACCAAUCGGGCACAUCGUCGACGCGGUCUUCAGUGCCAACACGCCCUGCACACUCUCCAGACCUUGGUCUACGCUUCGACCCGCUCUCGUCGGGUCUUAACCUUGAGCAUGUCAACGUCUCGAAGGACUCUUUCCGUCCUCCUCAUGCACCGUAUGCGCAAUCGCAAGCAUCCGGAUUUUCUGGAUUCUCAUCGCGCGACUCCGUCAUGACGUCCGGAAGCUUUGCGUCGGACGUGCUCUACGAAGCACCGCAGAUCGUUACAAAUGCCGGGCGCGUCAAUCUUUCGAAGGCGGAGGUUGUUUCUGUUCAAGGCACAACACCUAACACUCCGAUGUCGUCAAACUCUGGCGCAACUAACCAAGGGCUGAAGCCCAGUAUGGCAGCGCGAGCAUCCAAGGCAAUGGCUCGUUCUCCUCUUGCGCAGACUUCGUUUGGCCCAGCAGAUGCAAUGAGUGUGAGCGAGACUGACGCGGAGGGCCAGGAGAUUGAAUACCACCUACAUCGGACCGAUCCAUUCGGCGAUGAGCACACGCCACGUACUGGUAACUCAACGACUACCUUUGGAGGACACACUCCAAUCCCGAUUCCAUCUACUGCAUCGCCAGGUGGUCAAUAUCAGGCCAGCUCUACGGACGACCGCGAGACAGUGGAUUCACCAGCUACUGGACGACCCAUCAGCACACUCACGCAAGCGACGUCCAUCAUCGGCGCAGAGAUUGGUGGCGCAACUGUCGUUCGUCUCAACUCGACAGGCAGCACAGCGGACCGUCGUUUGACGAGUGCGAAGCUCGUGACGCCAACGUCUGGUCCUCUCAAUCCGCAAGACGAGCGCGUAUUACAACAACAGCAAGCACAAGCGCUUGCCGCUGCUCGUGCUCGUGCUGCAGCGUCUGGCUUACCCAUGCCUGGUGUCUCCUCGUCUGCAAGCAGCACAGCAAGUGGCAACGGAAUGAACUUGUCACUGCAUUCGCGUCGCGUGAGUGAGGCAAGCGUAAUGAGUGCAGGUGCAGACUCGUUACUUGAGAGCUUCACAUUCGUACCACCCUCGCCAAUUUCCUCUCGUCCACCUCGUUCGCCGCUUGCUCAACAAGCACAUACCAUCCCUCCUGUCCCACCCUUGCCGAAGCAAGUACAGCAGGAAAAAGAGGAUAACGCAGAGCACCAACCGUCUGCGAGGCAGGUGCAAGGUAUGAGCAGUGCAUCUACGGGGAUUGAGGGGUAUGAUUUCAGGAUUGACGAGGGACAGACGCAGGCGUCUGCGCCUUCCGACGUGAAUGCGAAUGGACGUGCAAAUGGAGGGAGGAGUGGAGGCGUGAGUAAGCCGCCACCAAGUGCGGCGUCGAACAACUUGAAUGGGAAUGGGACGCUUAAAGGACGACAACGUGCGAGUUUGGACACACUUGCGUUGACUGCGGACUUGAGCGCGUUCCCGCUCAACUUUGAUGAGACGAGAGGAAGCUUUGGUGUCUCGAAGUGAAGUGACUUCGUCGUCUACGUCCCUUCCUGUUGUUCUUUGAUUUGGUUUUCUUGGGUCUCUCGAUCUCUCUCUGUUGUCUCCUCUCGCUGAUCUCCUCGCCUCGCGCCGCCAUAAACUCAUCCAUCCUGACCCAUGCAAAAUGCAUAUACCCAACCGCUUGUGUGCAAUACAAUUCGUACAUACAACCCGACCCAAUCCAAUCCAACCUUGUGCCUCGGACGGACUCUCUCGAAGCCCUCGCAAGGCACCUUCCCCAUCAUAACUGAAAUGUGUUCUAUUAGCUUCUUCCUCUGACGUGCGCAAUAAUUAUUUGUGCUUCACACUCUCCUUUUUUAUUUUCUCUUUCUUCUCUUUUGGCUUUUUUCUCUUUCUUUAUUCUGAGUUCUUUCUUAUUUGUGUUCUUUUUUUCUUUCGGUUUGGAAAAAGCUCGCUAGGCGGUUUUAGAAUAUAUAACUCUUUGGUACCUACGUUAAAUUUCUCUUUCUUUUGAAGGCCUCACCGGCACACCCUUUGUACCUUACUUUCACCCCUUCCCCUUUCACUUGACCAAC